AUGUCACCACCAUCGACACUCAAGAUCGCCGUGAUCCCUGGAGAUGGGAUAGGACAAGAAGUCAUGCCUUGGGGGGUGAAGUGUCUGGAAGCGGCCGCCAAAGUAUUCGACCUGUCCCUUCAAUUCGAGACGUUCGACUUUGCUUCUUGCGACUACUACCAAAAGCACGGCGACAUGUUGCCGACGGACUGGAAGGCGACACUCUCCAAAUUCGACGCCAUCUACUUUGGUGCCGUGGGGAUGCCUUCUCUGGUCCCGGACCAUGUGUCCCUCUGGGGUAGUUUGUUGAAAUUCCGACGGGAGUUCGACCAGUACAUCAAUUUGAGACCCGCCAGGUUGAUGCCGGGGGUCAAGUGUCCCCUGGCAGGUCGAUCACCCGGCGACAUUGAUUUUUGGAUCGUGCGAGAAAACACCGAAGGGGAAUACAGUUCCAUCGGUGGGACCAUGUUCGAAGGGACCGACCGCGAAACCGUCAUACAAGACACCGUCAUGACCCGUCGAGGUGUCGACCGGGUCGUCCGGUACGCGUUUGACCUGGCGAGACGUCGGCCCAAGAAACACCUGACCUCCGCCACCAAAUCCAACGGCAUCAGCAUCACCAUGCCUUAUUGGGACUCACGGGUCGCCGAGAUCUCCGCCAGAGAAUACCCGGACGUCAAGCUGGACAAGUACCACAUCGACAUCUUGACGGCCCAUUUCGUCCUACACCCGGACAUGUUUGAUGUCAUCGUCGGUAGUAAUUUGUUCGGCGACAUCCUCUCCGACCUGGGCCCGGCAUGUACCGGCACCAUAGGGAUCGCACCUUCGGGGAACAUCAACCCGACCGGAGAGUUUCCGAGCUUGUUCGAACCCGUCCACGGGAGUGCCCCCGACAUCUUCGGCAAGGGCAUAGCGAACCCGGUCGGCAUGAUCUGGGCCGGCCAGAUGAUGCUGGACCACUUCGGUUACAAACCGGCGGCGGACGCCAUGCUCAAGGCGGUCGAGAACGUCUUGGCCAGAUCAGAACAGGCCGUGGUCACGGCGGACGUGGGUGGGAAAGGAACGACGGACACCUUCGGCCAGGCCAUCGAAAAGGAGAUUUUGAAUAUGAAACAAUAA